UCCUGGGCUGUGGCUUCUGUUGCUAUGGACAAUCAAAUUGUGGGAGUCAUCAGGAGUCCUGUCUCUCGCUGGACUCUGGAGCUUGCUGUUUGGCUGAACUGCCUGGCCAGUAAGCCCCAAGAUCCUCUUGUGGCUGCUAACGGUAUAUACCCACACACCCUGCUUGUACCUGGGACCUGAGGAUCGAACGGAGGUCCUCAUGCUUGCACAGCGCGCACUUGGCCAGUCGAACCGUCUCUUUCUAGGCGCUAGCCAUGCCUUUCCCAAAAGAGGACAUGACUCGUGUGAAGGAGCCACAGCAGAUGCCUGUGGUCCCGCGGUCAUGGUUCCUCCCGAGUCUGUUUGCCGCCUUCAAUGUGAUGCUGCUGGUCUUUCUGAGUGGCCUUUUCUUCGGGUUCCCUUGUAGGUGGCUGGCUCAGAACGGAGAGUGGGUCUUUCCCAUGGUCACAGGCCCGCUCUUCAUCCUCACCUUCUUCAGUCUUGUUUCGCUCAACUUCUCAGACCCUGGCAUCUUACAUCGAGGCUCGGUCGAUGAGGACCCCAUGAUGGUGUACGUGGUGAGCGUGAAUCAAAGGGCCUUCCGCCUGCAAUGGUGCUCCAAGUGCUGCUUUCAUCGCCCACCCCGGACCUACCACUGCCCCUGGUGCAACAUAUGCGUGGAGGACUUUGAUCACCAUUGCAAAUGGGUCAAUAACUGCAUCGGUCACCGCAACUUCCGCCUCUUUAUGGUGCUGGUCCUGUCCCUCUGCCUCUACUCGGGCGCCCUGCUCCUCACCUGCCUGAUAUUCCUGAUUCGUACAAGCCAUCUGCCCUUCUCGGUGGACAAGAUUAUGGCCGUCCUGGUGGCUGCACCCGCGGCGGGCUUCCUGAUUCCGCUCGUCCUGCUGCUGCUGAUCCAGGCCAUAUCUGUGAGCACGGCGGAGCGCUCCUGCGAGAGCAAGUGCAGGAACCAUCAAGAAUACAACCCUUUCGACCAGGGCUUUGCCAGGAACUGGUAUCUAACAAUGUGUGCGCCACUGAGUCCCAAGUACAUGUCUGAAGUCGUCUGUCUGCAAAGACCGGUCGGGACGGAAUGGAUCUAUGAGAAGACACAGCCCUCACCACCGUGUCCUCCUGAACACUGUUCCCCAGGCCCCCCUGGCCCCUCUGAUCCCCCUGAUCCCCCUGGACCCCAGCCCCAACCUCCUACGAACAGAGCAGGGAAGGGGCCUCGAGGAAGUGGUGAAGUCAUUGUUCUCAAGGAGAUUGAUGCCAGCCCACGGCUGUCCUUGCUGUCGGAGACGCCUAGACGAGGCUCGCCCCGACGCACACUGAGCCUGGACCACCUGAACCUAUACUUCCCCAUCUGAAACCUCGUGGUCCACCUGGGCCAAGCCCCUGUCGUUUCAAUGGUGGGAGUAUUGACAUCUGCCAGUCCUCAUUAAAUGUUAAUUGUUGGUUUCCGA